CAUCUGGGACCGGUAGGGGGCACACACAACGGAAUUCGUUCUCUUAACAAAGCAACCUCAAGCAGUUUGACAGUCGGAAGCAAAAUAAUAUAGCUAUCGACAGCUAGCCAAGCGAGAACCUUUGAGAAAGAUGGGUGUUAAAAUCCAGGUCGAAUAUUGCGGAGGAUGAGGCUACGAGCCCCGCUAUCAGGAACUAGCGCACACCGUGAGCGCGGAGUUCACUGAAGCGGAGGUCUCUGGCUUUGUCGGGAGGCAAGGCAGCUUUGAGAUUGAAGUCAACGGACAGCUGAUCUUCUCAAAGUUGGAAACCGGUGGCUUCCCUUACGAGGAUGACAUCAUGGAUGCAGUUCAGAAAGCCCAGGAUGGCAAGCCAUUCGAAAAGAUCACAAAGAGUCGUCCACCCUGCGUUAUUUUAUAACCUUGGGAGCUCAACUCACGGCACUCUCCACAUCCCUGUGGAACUUUCCCAACUUUGCCCUCCCUUCUUUUGUCCUUCACUCCAAGAAAUGCAUGAAUGUUCUCACAGCGUUCCCGUGACAUUUUAGCAGUUGCUAGGUUACUGCAAGGGUAACUUGUAGCAACAGUGUCCCUGAAACACUGUGAAAAUGUUCAGUGGUGUGAUGCAGUCUUUCCUCCAGGCUGUACCAUAUGUUUCUGGCAGGGAUGUCAAGUCAGGUGUUUCACCUCUGUAGGCUUAAAACUGUGCAUUUUUAUAAGUCUAUUAACAAAAAGGCGCUGGUUCUGAUGUAUUUUCUAUUGCUGAAUAUAUUUUAGAUGGCAGCCACAGUUUAUAAGUCGCAGAACUACAAUUUUUUUAUCAUGGAACUGAAGUCUAAAGCUUGAUAUUUGGAGAUGAAAAGUUUUCCAGGUCCUCUUCCACUCCUUUAGGGUGUCAGGUCGUCAAUGAUUAUUUCAGCCAAAAUUAAAAAAAGUUGAAAUAUGAAGCAUAAAGCCCUGAUGCCCUCACAUCUUACCCCUUGCGGUACAGGUGUUAGGAGGGGGAGAAAACCUGGAAAGCACCUGGGAAAUGAUCUGACCUGCCAUCACUGCCCUGGUUUUUAUUUUUUUCACACACUGAUUCCAUUUGUAACAUUCUGAGAGAGAAUAACUUUAUUCAUAUCUGAGGUUCUGUAUCUUGGUGCACAAAAUCAAAUUAUGCCAUUAAUAGAGCACUAGAGGAGAAAUGUGCGUUAGCAACAUAGCAGUGCUGUACACAGCUGAGCACUGAUACAGAAUUUAAUGUAGAAUGAAGGACCACGCGGUGUAGAUUUUGGUCGAGUGAAAUCCUCAAGGCAGUUUAAGUAAAAAUCUGAGGUAAUGCAGUAGAGUUUGGCCAGUACAGAUAAUUUUGAAACUAUUGCCUUGGUACAAUAUUAAAUGUUUAUUGUGCUUUCUUUGGAAAAAGGGACACAAGUUGGUUUGUUUAUCUCUGGUGGUGAGACAGCAUGCUUGUUUGGUUCUUCUUGUCGAAGUCAGUGCAAGUCAAACCAAUAGAUUUAAUAUUUUUAUGUAUUUGAUUUUCAUGUGUGUGCGUGCAUAAUGCUUGAAUGAGAUGAAUUUGUUUUCAAAGUGCAUUUUUUAAGAAGGGGGGGGGGGGGGGCGGUGGGGCUAUCCCAAAAUGCAAGCAAAUUGGAUGAUGUUCAGAUGUUGGAUGCUGGUGACCACUGAUCAAUGGUUUAUCUCCUGAACUCUCAUUAAUUCAGCUGGUGCACCUUGCUGGAGACUGUAUUGGUUUUUUCACAAGUUCUUCUGUGUUUUUCUCUUUUCCAAAGUGCUCAGUAAUGAAACGAAAGUAGUGCUGCCUAAUUUGUAUGUGAAACCUCUUGAAAAAUGCAAGGCUAAUAAAGGAUUAAUACAUUCAAA